CCGGGCCAGGGCUGGCAGCGCUGUGCCUGCAAACCAGCAGCCAGCGGGUUAAGGCGCCUGGCGUGUGUGGGGCUGCGAAAGUUCAGCAGGGGAGGUUUGCCUUGGCUCCUGGCCCUGCUGGGCUCCUGGCAUUUCCGGGUUCAGACGCCUCCAGCUGCGAGCACCGAGCCGCUGCGCUCUGCAGCCGCAGGUAACGCUCCAGCUCCAGCUCCCCGGCCCGGAGCCCAGGCGCCAGCUGUUGGACCCUGGCCGGGAGAGCUUUGGGAAGAUGAACCGGAGAGGAAAGCUCCUGGAUGCCCUCUGGGAGGAAGAGGAAGAGGAAGAGGAUGGGGUUGUUGCCAGUGCCUCCUCCAGCCUCCGCCUGAGCGAAGCAGGGGACGUGCAGGUGGAGAUGCUGGAAAAGGCCAGGGAGCUCUUUCAGUUGUGUGACAAGGAGGAGAAGGGUUUCAUCACCAAGCUGGACAUGCAGCGGCUGCAGAGUGAACUGCCCCUGACCCCAGAACAGCUGGAGGCUGUCUUUGACAGCCUGGAGCAGGACAAUAAUGGGUACCUGACACCUGUCGAGUUCAGCAUGGGACUAGGGAAAUUCAUAGGGAUUGAGCUGUAUCAAGGAUCUGGGAGCACAGAUCACUCCAGACAUGAGGAGACCUUUGAGUCAGGCUGGUCAGACGACUUGGACCAGACAGAUGACGAAGAGGAGAAGCGAUUUUGUUCAAUGAUGGAACAGCUUGGAGCAGCCCAGGUCUUUGAAGAUCAGAGUGAGGUUCGGGAGCUCUGGACUCGUCUCCGGAAAGAACGGCCAGAUCUCUUGGCCAGCUUUGAGGAGUUCCUGUUCCAUGUUUCAUCGUACAUCAGGGAGGUGCAUUAUGAGAAGGAAUCCAUGGAGCAGGCACUGAAGAGGAAGGAGACAGACCAUGACAGAGAAGUCAGGUGUCUCUAUGAAGAAAUGGAGCAACAGAUCAAAGCGGAAAAGGAACGACUGCUCUGCCAGGAAUCACUGAGGCACGACAGGAGCAACCUGCUGCAGAAGGAGCUGCGCAGCAAGGAGCAGGAGCUUGAGAAAAUCCUCUACCGGCAAAAAAAGCUGGAACAUCAAAUACAGUCUCUGAACUCUGAGCAGCUGGAGACCCGGCUGCAGAAUGAGCGGCUCCAGCUUCUCAAUGAAAACCUCCUGGAGCAGCUGGAGAGAAGCAAGUGGGAGCUGGAGGUGGCCAAGGGGCAUCUGGAGCGUAUCCAGAAGGAGGCUCAGUGUGAAGAGGAACAGAAAGACAGGGAUGUGUUCAGAGUCUCUAAGAAUAUGCAGAAAGAGAAACAAAGUCUUCUUCGACAGCUGGAGCUCCUCAGAGAGAUGAACAAGAAGCUUCGGGAUGACAGAGAUGCCUUUGAAGCCAAGAAGCUGGCACCUGAACCAGUCAGCUCUUCUCCAGAACGUCUCUUCAAAGUGGUGUUUGUGGGCAACUCUGGCGUAGGCAAGAGCUCCUUCAUCCAUCGCUUUUGUUACGACAGGUUCUUGGCUGAGAUCAGUGCAACCAUUGGUAUUGAUUACCAGGUGAAGAGUUUAAUGGUGGAUAACACACAGGUGGCCUUGCAGCUGUGGGACACAGCGGGCCAGGAGAGGUUUCGGAGCAUCACCAAGCAGUAUUUCCGGAAGGUGGAUGGUAUCUUUGUGAUGUAUGACAUCACUGAUGAGUGCUCCUUCAUGGCAGUGCGGAACUGGAUGAGUAGCAUCCAGGAAGGGAUUGAGGAGGGGGCCAUGAUCUUUCUACUUGGAAGCAAAAUGGAUGCAGCAGAGAGAGAGACCCAGCACGUGCCCAAGACAGAGGGAGAAAGGCUGGCGAAGGUGCGGCUCUGUAUGCUACUCCUUGCUCCAAAGGAAUACAAGGCUGUCUUUUAUGAGUGCAGUGCUAUGACUGGCUAUAACAUCCUGGAGCCCAUGUUACAUAUGGCAAGUCCAACUCCAAAAGAAGCCCCGCUCUCACUAUUUCCCUUCACUCUUCAACAUCUAGUUUAUUCUUGCCUGAUGGGGACCAGGAAGCAGGCAAUAUCAGACUGCUGUGUUCUUGAACUGCUAAUGUGUUGAUCA